GGCCUCUCUCUCUAUGUAUAUAAUCAACACUCAUCAAGUUCAAUUGGGAGAAAUUAAUCUAGCUAACGAAAUUUAUUAUCAUGGGAAGGGGAAGUUCAAUUAUGGAUCAAAGGUGCAAGAAGCAUCCAAGCCACAAGCAAUCCAAAGGAGUUUGCCCAUCAUGCUUAAGAGAAAAGUUAUCUCAUCUCUCAACCCUUUCCUCCUCUUCAACCACCAACCUUUCGAGUUCAACUACUUGCUCUUCGCUGUCUCCUUACUCGUUAUCAGACUCUAAUCUCUCCUCCAUCGCCACCGCAUCUCCUCCUGAUAACAAGAUUAUGACCAAGACAAAAAGCUUCUCUUUUCUACUUAAAGGGUUGAAUAGUACUAGCAAGCCUUUGAAGAAGAGUAGGUCUUUGGCUUUUGUGGUGGAGGAGGAGAAACAGAGGGAUAAGAAGAAGAAAGGGAAGUUUUGGUCUACGUUGUUGAGGAGAAGAUCGAAAGAAGAGGAUGGGGGUUUGACGCACUCUAAGACAGUUAAGGGGAGGUCUUCCGCUAAUAAGUGGAUGCUGUUCUCAUAGAUUUUGCUAAUACUUUGUUUUUCUUUGUGUUGAUUUUGUACAUAUAGAAAAGAAAAUAAUAAGUGAUGCUAGAGAAAAAGAUUGAAAGAA